AUGGCCCCCUUCUCCCUUGAGGGCCACGCUCCUACAGCUCAGCUGCAGCAGCUCUGGUGCUCGUGUGACCACUGUCACCACCGUGACAGCGCAAUCGUCAACCGGAAAGAGAAUACCCUGUACAAAGGGGAGUCUGGCAGCAAGUGCAAGCAGUCAAGGGAAAGCUCUCCUGAGUACCAGGACAGCCUCCGAGGAAGGGGCAAGGCAGAGGGCCUGGAAACAAGGGAGGAAAGAAGAGCAGCCAGACCUGCCAUUUUCAGAGGCAGCGAGCUGUUUGGCCAGCUCAGCUCCUCAUGGACGAGACACAUGGCAUCUUUCCUUCUUGAUGAGCUUUGUGAGCUUCAUCAAUUUGUCAACAUUGAAAGUGGACCGUUGUUGCAGUUGAUUUUUGAUGGGAAAUACGAGGCAGUAUUUUCAAAUUCAGCCAUCCAGAAUAUUUUCAGUGCACCUUCUCUGACAGAGGAGAACAUUGACGGCUACUUGGAGAAACAGAUUCUAGCAUACCUGGACCUUCCUGCGGAGGCUGAUAACAUGGAAAGGCAGAGGCUGGUGUUUCUACUCGGUGUGGGCAGUUUGCAGCUCUUUGUUCAAAGCAAUUGGACUGGGCCUCCUGUGCAGUUACAGCCUCAGGACUUUUUGCCAUCUGCAUUGUUACAGAAAUUCUGUGAGCCAAAAAUGCUGCAUACAGCUAUUCUGAAGACACUGCUCCUAGAUGGUGAAUCAGUCUAUACCUUGACUUCUCACCCUAUCUUGUUGCUUAUAGCCAGGAUAAUCCUUGUGAAAGCAAGACACAAACUUGCAUCUGUUCAGACUUUGUCUUGGUGGACUCUAAGGUGCGUGAAUAUUCACCAGCAGUUGUUAGAAGAGCCGUCACCAUAGCUAUUCUCUCUUGCCCAGGACUGUAUAAAACAAGUGACAGAAGCGGAAAAUUUGUUCACAGGUGGUGAAAGCUGGCACUUAGAAGUUCAGUUCAAUCUUGAGUGUGCCUACACGUUUUUGUAUUACUAUGAGUAUAAAAAAGCUAAACAAUGUUUCAGUACAGCUAAAGAUACAACCAAACUGCAGAUCAGUCUGACAGGUGCUUUGGGGAAAAGGACACGAUUUCAGGAAAAAUAUGUUGCACAGCUUAUUCUGGAUGUCCAAAGGACAGAUAAAUUCCUUCUUCCUCACCGUGAACUAAGUCCAGCACCUACUCCUGUAGAAAAGUUAACGAUGAAUUAUGAUUUAAAUGAUGAUACAGUGCUAAACGAGAUAAAACUAGCAGAUGCUGAUCAGUACCAGAUACCUGAUUUGUGUGCAGAAGAGCUUGCUGUAAUCCUUGGAAUUUGUAUAGACUUCCAAAAGAACAAUCCAAUACACAAAUUAACUGAAGAGGAACUUCUGGCUUUUACUUCAUGUUUACUCUCUCAGCCAAAGUUCUGGGCCAUUCAGACUUCUGCCUUGCUCCUUCGGACAAAGCUUGAGAAAGGAAGUACUCGCAGAAUGGAACGGGCAAUGAAGCAGACUCAGGCGCUUGCAGACCAAUUUGAAGAUGCAAAUACUUCAGUAUCGGAACGCAUGAAGAUUUUCUACUGUUGUCAGGUGCCGCCACGUUGGGACAUACAGCGUCAACUUGCAAGCUUACUCUUUGAGCUAGGGUGCACCAGCUCAGCCUUGCAGAUAUUUGGGGAGCUGGAAAUGUGGGAAGAUGUAGUAAUCUGCUAUGAAAGAGCAGGACAGCAUGGAAAGGCAGAAGAAAUACUGAGAAGAGAGCUAGAGAAAAAGGAGACACCAGGACUAUACUGUUUGCUUGGUGACGUUCUCAAAGACCCCCAGUACUACGACAAGGCCUGGGAGCUCUCAAGGCACCGCAGUGCCCGGGCGCAGCGCUCCAAAGGCCUCCUCUACCUCCGCAAUCGGCAGUUCGGGCAGUGUGUGGAGUGCUUCGAGCGUUCAGUGCAGAUCAACCCUAUGCAGCUAGGUGUAUGGUUUUCCUUGGGCUGCGCAUACCUUGCUUUAGAAGGCUACGAAGGUGCUGCCAAAGCAUUUCAGCGCUGUGUGACAUUGGAACCAGAUAAUGCUGAGGCCUGGAACAAUUUAUCAACUGCAUAUAUCAGAUUAAAACAGAAAAACAAAGCAUUUCGAACCCUUCAAGAAGCUCUCAAGUGCAACUAUGAGCACUGGCAAAUUUGGGAGAACUACCUUCUCACCAGUACAGAUAUUGGAGAGUUUUCAGAAGCAAUUAAAGCUUAUCACCGGCUCAUGGACUUAAAAGAAAAGUACAAGGAUACACAGGUGCUGGCUAUUCUGGUCAGGGCAGUAGUGGAUGGAAUGGCUGAUCGGGCUGGAGAAGCAGCGAGCGGAUUGAAGGGGAAGUUGCAAGAGCUCUUGGGCAGAGUGACUUCACGAGUGACAAAUGAUGGGGAGAUCUGGAGACUUUACGCCCAGCUCUAUGGAAAUGGACAGAAUGAUAGUGAUGAAGAUACUGAAAAGUCACUGCAGUACCUCACUAAGGCACAUAAAUGUGAAAUUCAAUCCAGCGAUUGGGAGAAAGAUGUUUCAUCUUUUAAGGAAGUGGUGAAAGGAGCCAUAGAGAUUGCACAUGUGGCUAUAAAGUGCAGUAAAAACAAGUCUAAUCAUCAGGAAGCUUUGCAGAUACUUUCUUCAGCUCGGCUGAACUUACGUGGCUUGUCAUCCAAAGCAAAGCAACUUUUUGGAGAUGUAACAAGUAGUGAGGUUUCCAGUGAGAUAGCUGAUGAAGUGACAGCUAUGGACAACUUGAUUGCUGAACUUCAGGAACUGAGCAACCAACUGAGAAAUCGUUGCUGAAAUACAGACCAGACUUCAUGGGAGGAAGACCAUAAUGAUGUGUUUCAUUUGCUGCAGAUUCGCUCAUGAAAUGGGAACAACUGCAGCACAGCAACACUCUCAAUGACCAUUUUCCUGUACAAUGCUGUUCUCAUGGUCAGCUUUCUUCAGGUUUUAGUCUGCUUUUUCAGAUUCUUAUCUACUCUUGCCGUCUUAAAAUUGUGUCCGCUUCCUUGGGCCCAGAUUUUCUGGAAUAAAGCUAAUUGCGUUUAUAAAGCGCUGGAUUAGAGCACGUUUCGUGGGUGGCACCAGGCCACAGGUGCAUUGCAAACAGGGGGAGCAGGAGGAGCCCCAGGGCUGGAGGGGAGGAGGCACUGCAGGAGGCCGGAGCUGUGCCCUGUCCUAUCUGGGGCCCCGGCCAAUCACAGCACAUGCCCUCCCCAGCUGGCCAAUCAUACCUCUACUGGAGAGCUGCACAGCCAAUCAGAGAGCACGUCACUGUGCCGCUGGCCAAUCAGAGGAGCUGUGAGGCUGGUGGAUGAGUGGCGGCAGUGGUGAGGCGGGCUGGGGCGGUGGGGUGGGCCGGCCCCUGCCUUGACCUGCUCCGCUCUGCUGGGGCGGCAGACGCCUGGGCUCUUCGCUGGCCCCUUUAUAGUUUGGUCAUUGCUACUUACGGGGGAGCACGAGUGGGGUCCCGAGAGUGAGAAUUUAGUCUCUUGUGGUGUUGCUACUCUUGAAGUACAGUCAAAAGCGGCCAGAUGUUUGCAGCGUUGGGGUCUGCUAGGAGUUAUUGCUUACAACAGUAGUGUUUUACUCAAAAAUAUGCAACUUGGGUCCCACGUGCAGGAGAGCAGGACUUCAUUUGGGGCUUUUACGGGCAGGGUGAUUUAUCUCCAAUGAGGCAGCAGUAAAACUGCAAAAUAUUUAUAUUUGGCUAGCCUUGACUAGCUUGUUUUCAUCUAGAUUGCUUUGCUUUGUUUAAUUAAGUAUCUUCCUUGAAUUUU